UGCCCGAGGGUAGCCAGCCGAGGUCCUGCCCAAUCAACACACGUACCCACGGAUCCGAACGGGGCGGGCGUGCGCUGCGGGUGGUUGCGAGAGAGAGUGGUUUCGUGGGCGUGACCUAGUGUGGCCUGGUGAAGCGUGGGUGACCUGGGUGACUUUGGUGCAGGCGCUUUGGGUGACCUGGUCGCGUGUCUGACCUGAUACGGAGGUGUUUUUCGAAGGAUUCUCUCUCUCGCGUUGGUCUCGGAGGAGGAAUUCGGAGGAGGAAGGAAGGAGCGACGAGGAUGGAGUUCAGGCUGUGGCUCUCGGCGUCGGUCCUCUGCUGGCUAGGAGGAGGUGCCAGUGCCAUCAAGAUCCCUCUGGAGGAAAUCCUGAACCUCAAGAGCUACGACGGCGCCUUUCGACCCAACACGCACUCCGGUCCAACAUACGUCAACGUGACACUCUUCAUCGACUCCAUCAACGUUGAUGAUAAGAAGCAGGUGAUAGGGAUCUCGGGCGAACUCCUGCAGGAAUGGGUCGACCAAAACCUUCAGUUUCAGUUCCAAGGACCAAGUUUCCUCCCGUCCGUGGAACUCUCAGGCGUCUCGGGCGCAAGCAUCUUAAGGCAAGUGUGGCGACCUGACCUGGUGGCGGGGAAGGAGCUGGAGGCGCGAGAACCCAGUUCGAACCUCGAAUUCCUCAGGAUCAAGAACGACGGCCAUGUGGUGUGGACACAGAGGGUCCGUUACUCGUUCCCGUGCCACCUCGACCUCCAAGUCUACCCUCUUGGCAGUCACAAGUGCAUCUUGAAAUUACAUAGCUUGGGCUACGAGUCCACCGAGCUGCAACCCCAGUGGAAGGAGGACGCGACCAUCGACUACAGCUCGGUGGUUAUGUCUCACGGCUACAAGCUCAAGGGGGCCAAGACAUCCGCGAAGUCAGUCGUCAUCGCUCACAGACCACAGAGGGAGUUGCAAAUGGAAUUCGACAUUGAGUCAUCUGGAGGUUGGACUGUCAAGCACACUGUCAUUCCUCUCGUGGCCACUGUCACCUGCGCCUACCUCGCCUUCUUCAUCAACAUAAGAGGAGUCUGCGCCAGGAUGAUCACCUGCAUGAUGUCCUUCGUCACGGCAGCCAUCUUCCACGAGAGCACCUACAGGAACGUCCCUCCGUCAGCCCAGACUAUGGCGGUCGAGGUGUUCAACAGGGACGUGCCUGACCUUACAUCUUCGUGGCCACCGUCGAGAGCGUGGUCGUCGACGUCCUGGCUCACCUGCCCACCAAAGGACGCCGUCGCCGCCCUCCUCGUGCCUUUGCUCUGCGGGUCAGAAAAACGCGAGGGUAAAGAUCCUUGA